AUGAGGGGAAUUCUUUCCCGGUUUUAACCCAUUUUCACCAAUUCCAGCUUUUCCCGUGCCCAGAACGGGGUCGGAUUUCACGGACGGGUCCUGGCGCCGCUCCCAAAAUCCCCAUUCCCUAAAAAAACCCCACGACCUUCAUCCCACAGGGCUCUUCUUCCUCUCUCCCGCAGCUCCGGGGCCGCAGGGAAAUGAGGCAUUUCCAUCCUUUUUUUCGGGAAAAUCCACCCUGCGGAGCGAUCCCGGGGCAAAUCUCCUUCCCAGGGGCAAAUCCGGAGGCGGGGAUUGAAAUCGGGCACCAAAAAAAGGCUGGAAUGGGUCAGGAGGGGAGGAAUGGGAGGAACCCGAGGAGAUUUUGGAGGCUGCUCCUCCCUCGGGCCAUUCCCAUGGGAAAAGGAGUUUUAAUUCCAUCCCCGAAUCCCCACUUGGGGAAAAUGUGGAUGGGAUUGCUCGUGGGGACACCGGGGUGGGGAAGGGCUGCUCAGACAGUGCCAAAAUUCCUGAAAAUCGGCUAAACCCCCCCAAAUUUCUGUGUGGCAGGGCCCAAAAUGCUGGAAAUGGGCAGGAAGUGAGAAUUUUUUUAUGGAAAACCGGUGGGAAAUGUAAAAAUUUUGACGUCCUGAAGCUCAAGGGGCUGAAAAUGGGUGGAAAAUUUCACAUUGAGGUAGAAAUUUCCAAAACCAGGUGGAAAAGGAAUGGAAUGUCCAGGUUGUGAGAGGUAAAUUUGUGGCAAGAGGCAAAAAUAUCCCAAAAUUUUUCCUGAGCUGAAGCCUGAAUUUCCAAGAACAGGUGGAAGAUGAAAAACCUGGAUGUGCUGAAGCCCAAAGUGCUGAAAAAGGACUGAAAAUUUUCCUGUAAUUUCAGAAAAAGAGCCCAAAUUCCUCCCAAUCCAAACCCUAAAUCACCAAAAACCGAUGGAAAAGGAACAGGAUUUCCUCCAUUGGAGCCGGAAUUGAUGGAAACAGGGAAAAAUUCCUCAAAUUUUCCUCUGUGGGAAUCGAAUCUGCUGAUUAAGGCAAUUCCAAGGGUCGGAGUCCUGGGAGCGCCUCCUGGAGCUCCUCCCACUCGGAUCCUGGGGAAAACAUCCCUUUUUUCCCUGUUUUUCCCUGUUUUCCUCCCAUUUUUCCCUGUUUUCCUCAUUCCUGACUCUUCCUGCUAGGGUGUCCUGGCUUCUCCUGGGAUUUCAGGGAUGGAAACUCCCAGAAAUGAAUUCUUUCUUGGAGCUUUCCUCAUGGUUCUCCUCCUUUUCCAGCCCAUUUUCCACCUGUUCCGGAUCUCCCUACAGGGAAUGGGUUUGCCUAGGAAAAAAAGAAUCCCAAAGAAUUCCAGGAGGAGGGGAUUUUGGGGCUGGAGCCACCCCCAUUCCAGGGAUUUCCCUCUGGCAGCACAAAGGGAAAGCAGCUCCCGGAACAUUCCCGGCUUUUCCCGGGGCUUUGUCCCGGCGCAGCCGAGCGGGAGCGGCCGGGGGGGAGGGACUGGGGUCAGGGAGGGCAGUUUGGGCUGGGAAAAGGGAUUUCCAGGAGGGGAACGAUCCCGGGGCACCGGGAUGUUCAUCCCUAUCAUCCUCAGCCUCACCUGGGAAUCCACAUUUCAAAGGCUUCUUUCCCUACAAAUCCACUUCUUUCCCCCACAAACCCGUUUCCCCCCCUAUAAUUCCAUUUUUCCCCCUACAGCCCCGGGUUUUUUUUUCCCUACAAUUUCACUUUUUCCACCCCCUCCAACCCCACUUUUUCCCCCUACAAUUCCCGUUUUUCCAACGGCCGCGGCCCCGGUGCCGAUCCCGGUUCCAAGGGAAGAUUCCCCGUCGCUGUCGCUGCUGCCGGCCCGGUGCCGCCGCCCCCUCCCGCGGUAAUCCCGGGAUUAGCGGCGCUGCAUUCUGCACCGUCAGGAUUCUCCUGCCCGGAGCCGCCGGACGGGGCCGGGCCCUGCCCCGAUCCCCGGGAUCGCCCCGGGAUCCUCUCCCCUCCCCGGGAUCCUCUCCCCUCCCUGCCCUCCCUUCCCUCGCGGCCUCGGGAGCGGCGCCGGCACCGGCUGUCCUGAGGCCGGCCAGCUGGGCUCGCGUGCCGGUGGCCACCAUGUCCACCAAGGUGCCCAUCUACCUGAAGAGGGGCAGCCGCAAGGGCAAGAAGGAGAAGCUGCGGGACAUCCUGUCCUCGGACAUGAUCAGCCCGCCGCUGGGGGACUUCCGCCACACCAUCCACGUCGGCAGCGGCGGCGAGAGCGACACGUUCGGGGACAUCUCCUUCCUGCGGGGCAAGUUCCACCUGCUGCCCCGCAGCGACGGCGACCGAGGCGGCGGCGCCGAGGCGGCGGCGUUCGAGUUCUCGCGCACGGCCACCAUCUCCGGCGGCGAGGCGGCCGCGGCGCCGUCGCCGCUGCUCAAGAACGCCAUUUCGCUGCCGGCGCUCGGCGCCGCACGGGCGCUGACCCUGCCCGCGGCGCAGGCCCCGCCGAAGCCCCCGCGGCUGCACCUGGACGAGGCCGCGGCGUCGCCGCCGUGCCCGCGGCUCGCCGCGCCCGCCAACGGCGAGGCCGAGCCCUUCCUGUCGCACGCCGGCUCCCUGCUGUCCCUGCACGUGGACCUGGGGCCGUCCAUCCUGGAGGACGUGCUGCAGGUCAUGGACAGGCACCGGGCCGAGCGCGGCGCCGGCGCCCGGCCGGAGAUCCUGACGUGAGGCCGGCGCCGGGUGAAGGCGCUGGGAAAUGGACGGUGAAGGAGGAGGAUGGGGAGGAGGGCCUGGGGUGUUUUUCGGAUGCGGCGCUCAGAUUCCAGCUCGGAUUCCCGCGUCUCCUCUCGCCAGGUGAGGGUUCGGCCUCGGGCUCUCCCACCCUCCUCGGUGCCAGAGCUGACCCCGGGAAACGCGACCCCGCGGGAUGAAUUCAUCUUUUGGGAUGAAUUCCAGAAGAUUCCGGCCAGGAGGACUCGGGGGCACAGCAGGGUUUGUUCUCCACGGCUCUGAACCUCCUGAACGGUCACGGCGCUGUCACCUCAACUUCUGCUCCAUGAAAUCCUUUGAAAAUCCCACAGUUCGGGAAAUCUCCACCGGGAAAUCUCCGCCGGGCUCCGUGUCUCUGUGGAGAAGCCAAAACUCCCUGUGGAGGAGCUGGGAUCUCCCAGCAGGGCUGUUGUUUUAGGAACUCAAUCCAUGGAGGGGCCAAAAAACCCCUCUGGGGCCGACAGGACCGGGGCUGGGGCUGGAAAUCGUCGAGGAGACGCAGAACCAACCAGAAAUCCCAACGUGAGGCGCAGGUGGAUCCCGGCAGCGACGGAUCCGCCGCGGAUUGUUUGGGUGCAGCGGGAACAGGGCACGCCCAGGGGAAUUCCAGCUGGAUUUUGGGGAAUAGAGACAAAAACCCCAGCUGGACACGCUGCUGGUGUCCCUCCGGGACAGGGUGGGACCAGCGGGGCCUCCUUGUCCAGGCUCCUGUCACAAAUUCCAUCCUUUCACCGAUUUCUGGGAGUUUGAGCCCAGAACGGAUCCCCCCAGGGCGGAGUCGAGGCCCCUCCUGACCCGGCUGCCUCAUUGCCUCAUUGCCUAACGAGUCUAAUUUAGAUUAUCUGACUAAUGACUCAUUAGAUUCUCGUUAACGAA